UUUUUGCGUUUCCGAUCAUGCGCGCAUGUACUAGAGUCUAUCGUUUGUAUCACUGCUAUGACAACAGGGAGAUAGAUGGCUUCAAGCAAAUUGAUGAGGCACACGCAAAAUUAGAUUUUUAUCUGAACUGCGAACCCCAGACGUUCAGACGGAUUCGUCUUGUUAGAGUAGUAUGUCUCUGUUCAAGGCGCGUGAUUGGUGGGCCGCGGUGCUGGGCGAGGGGGAGGAGUUUGACCAGGGAUGCCUGUGUGUCGGAGAUGUGGACAACAGCGGUAGCGGACAUGAUAAGAUCGUGGUGGGCAGCUACAUGGGCAUGCUGCGGGUCUUCUCCCCCCACCCUGCCAAGCCUGGAGAGCCCAGCCCUGCCCACAGCCAGCUACUGGAGGUGCAGCUCAGAGACCCCGUCAUCCAGGUUGAAGUGGGCAAGUUUGUCUCGUGUUCAGAUCUGCUUCAUCUGGCUGUGCUGCACCCCAGAAAACUGUCUGUGUACUCCAUCUCAGGUACUGCUGGUAAUGUGGAGCAUGGGGUUCAGUACCAGCUCAAGCGGGUCUAUGAGCACAACCUCCAGAGGACCGCCUGCAACAUGACCUAUGGAACCUUCGGAGGGGUCACAGACCACCACUCUAUGUGUGUCCAGUCCAUGGACGGCAUGCUGAUGUUCUUUGAGCAGGAGAGUUACUCAUUUGGCCGUUUCCUCCCUGGCUUCCUCCUGCCUGGUCCUCUGUGUUACUGCUCCCGCACUGACACCUUCCUCACUGUGUCCUCAGCGCGACAGGUGGAGAGCUACAGGUAUGAGACGCUAGCGGUGGCCACGGAUGCAGAGACCAGACAGGAUGCUGAGCAUGGCAAAACUGCAGGGAAGAGACUGACGGCUGACUGGACCCUGGUCCUGGGGGAGCAGGCCUUGGACCUCAGUGUCCCCUCCUUCUCUCCGUCCUCAUCCUCCAUCUUUGUUUGCGGCGAAAGGAACCUGUACUGCCUCAAAGACAACGGACAUAUCCGCUUCAUGAAGAAACUGGAGUACAACCCCAGCUGCUUCCUCCCCUACUCCUCAGUGUCUGAAGGCACCACCAACACCCUGGUCGGUAACCAUAACAACAUGCUGCUGGUGUACCAGGAUGUGACUUUGAAGUGGGCCGCCCAGCUCUCUUGUUCCCCCGUGGCUGUCAGGCUCGCUAACUUCCCGGACCUGAAGGGUGUGGUGGUGACCCUGAGCAAUGAGGGCCACCUGCAGUGUUCCUACAUGGGCACAGACCCCUCCUUCUUCUCCACGCCCAAGGUGGACGCCCGCGAACAGGACUACUCCCAGAUCGACACUGAGAUGAAGAGUCUGCAGAGAGUCAUCAGACAGGCCACCAGGACCCAGGCUGAUAUUCUUCCUGUCGCAGAGACAGAUGAGGAUCUGACUGUUACAGCCACAGUCUCCACUAACAUGGACAGCACAUCGCAAGCGCUCAUCCCGGACAUUGAUGGUCUACCCGUCCCCUCAGUCACAGUGAAGAUCAAGGUGACGAGUCGCUGUGCGUUGCAGGGUCCUAAACUGACUGUGUGUGUUCAGCCUCCACUGGCUGUCACCCAGGAUCAGCUUGUGUUGGAACCUCUGGGUGUUGGGUCUACCACUGUGGUGGCGUUCUCUGCCUUCCUGAAUGGGCACUAUCCACCAGCAGACCUGACUGGAGACGUGGCCGUAUCUUACAGCUCUCCUACAGGCAUCCCGAGGGUGGCCCAGUGUAAGUUCUCCCUGCCCCUCCGUCUGGUCUGCUGCCCCUCCGCCCCCUCCAAGAACGCCAAGUAUAAGAUCACCGUGGAUACCAACAAACCGCCGGUCAACCUCAGCGAGGUCUUCCCAGACUUUCUGGAGAAGUCUGAGGACAAGGAGGGAAACGCUCUGGCCUUCCACUUCCUCUCAGGACCCAGAGUCACUGUAAUGGCCUCCAAGACCUCCCAGCGCUACCGUAUCCAGAGUGAGAGUUUUGAGGACAUCUGGCUGGUGGCUAAGGAGUUGGUGCAGCGCUUCGACCGACACUUUGCCAAGCAGGGAGUCAAAGACUUCAGAAACAGUUUUGCAGGCCCUAUACCUCUGGCUGAGUACUUUGAGACUGUCGACCACCACUUUGAGCUGCGUGUGAGUGCAGAGAAGUACCAGGACCUCCUGUCAGAGCGGGCGGUCCAGUUCAGAGCCAUCCAACGCCGUCUCCUGACCCGCUUCAAAGACAAGACCCCCGCCCCCCUACAGAACCUAGACACACUGAUGGAGGGCACCUACCGCCAGGUGAUAGCGUUGGCAGAUGCAGCGGAGGAGAACCGGGCAUGUCUGAAUCAGGCGUUUGUCCGUCUGCGCAGCGCCACCCACCUCCUCAUCCUCCUGGUCUCCCUGUGGCAGGGCCUCAACACAGAGCAGAACGCCAUCCUGGAGGCUACGCUGUUACCUCUGCUACAGGACACACCACAGCUGGGUUGGGAGGAGAGUGUGGACGCGGCCGUGUCUCACCUCCUGAGGACCUGUCUGUCUCGCAGCCCUAAGGAUCAGGCCCUGUCUCUGUCCACCUCCCAGCUCAACAUGCCCAAAGACACGGUCCGCCUGAAGAAGCACAUCACCCUGCUGUGUGACCGCCUGGGCAAGGGUGGACGGCUGUCCCUGGCCUCCGAGGCCAACGUACCCACACCAGUCAUGAUGCCAGGGGGCUGUGAGCCAAUCGCGGAGGCUGUUACGGACCUGGAGGAGCCGCCCCUGCAACAAGAGUCUGCCACCAAGUUCAUCAAAAAGAAACAGCCGUCCAAGAAAGUCAAGUCCAAGACAGAUAAAGAUUCCAAGGACAAGAAAGUGUCUGCUGAGGGAGCAGUCAAGGAGACAGUGGAAGAGACUGCAGAAGAGCCUGUGAAAGAAGUGAAGAAAGAAAAGAAGGACCCCUCUAAGGAAAAGAAGGAGUCGACCAAGGAGCCUAAAGAGCCCAAGGACCCUGGGAAAGAGUCAAAAAAGGAGUCUUUGAAAGAGUCCAAGGAAAAGAAGGAGUCCUCCAAGGAAAAGAAGGAGUCCUCCAAGGAAUCUGGAAAGGAGUCUUCUAAGGACACCAGCAAAGAGUCUUUGAAGGAGCCUGGGAAAGAGAAAGUGUCAAGAAAGUCAUCUGUGAAGGUCAAGGAGAAAAAGAAAGAGCCAGAUGCUGCUGCUGGAGAGGGCUGAUAAUUUCAUGCAAUAAAUACAUUAAUUUACACCCACACACACCCACACACAGUCUCACAUAUACACUCAUAUUCAUUGACAAACACACUUCUAUCAGGGCGGAUGCUGGUCCAUAGUCAGGACUUCUGGUGUCUGUGUUGGAUGAAGGUGUGGUGCAGAAGAUGAGGCCCAGUCAGAAACUCCAGUAGAACAGUCUAGGAGUUAGACGUGCGACAUCAAAGCCCUUCCCCUCCCUUCCUUCCAGUGGCAGCGUCUCGCAGUGGAACCCACAGCCCUGUGCGUCGGUAAGCCCUAACCACCCCGCCUACACGCGGGCACUCUGACAUCUACCCCACCCUCUCGCCCCCUCGUGUGGCACCAUGCCUUGCCAAAGCCACCCCCGCCUCAGGCUAAGAAUAACCCCCGCGUUCCGUCCAUCUCUCCGUAUGUCCCCUUGGGUAAAACGAGGUCACUUUCACCCCCCCAUCAGCAGCUUUCAGCACACAGAAGCAGGAAAACCAUCAAACUGAGACAAUAGCAGAGAAAUUAAAAGCUGGGGGGGUUCAAGCAGCCCUCAGGAUCGUUUGUGAGGACUUGCAGGAACAUACUCAAUCACACACACCUGAAUCUACAAACACAUGCACACAAACACAAGAAUACAAACAUGCACAACCAUGUAAAAACACUAGCUAGCACCUGCUCGUAUUCUGCAACACACAGCCCUGCAAGCGGUACAGUGUUUCCAGCCAGCCAGACCAGCUUCUGUUAGAGGAUCGCUGUGCCAGCCUGACCAAUGACAAUCCAAACAGCUCUUUGUAUUGUACUGUACCUGUACGUCCUGUAUGUGUGUGUUGUCUGUACGUGUCUUGAUGAAUUUAGAUGUGUAUCGUUUCCUAACUCAGCUUAAUGAAUGUAUUAUAGCAAAGGUUUUGUACCGUAAUCAGCUAGUCUGAUGCACCAGGCACCUGUUCUAUGCCUGUUUUUAUAGACAAAGCAGGGCGAUUCAAGUUAGUGCUAUGAAACUAUUGUUUAAUGUUUGUAUCUUCUUAAUCUCCCUCCGUAUGUAUGUUUUUCUCUCUCCCUUUAAGUCUCUUUUCACUCCUUGCUUACUGAGAAUGAGGGACAGUGUGUAUGUUAGAGUAUAUAGGAAUGGUCACUGUUAAAAAGACUUUGUCCUUGGCCAGUGGCUUUAGGUUUGGUUUUUUUCCUUACUGUUGUGUAAAAGGUCUGUGCUAAUUUUCUUGAGCUCGGCACAAGGUCAAUUUCAGAUUGAGUAACUGUGAGACUGACUGUUUCAUUUGGCCCGGGUGGUUUGUCGAUGUUGCGUUAUAAUCACGUCGUGGAAGAAGAUGGGGAUGGAUUCCGGCGGACUCUCCUCUCAGGUCUGUGUUAUGUUAUGUUAUGUCUGUUUGACGUCAGUGGGUUCACUUUUUUUUUAAAUUCUCCUCAAUAACUUGUGUCUUUGACUAAACGCUUUGUGGCGCUCUGUGUUUCACAACAUGAAUGUUGUACAGGACAAGUUCACGUGCAAAAAAAUGAUUGAACUAGGACCAAACAUUGUUACAUGCCCCACUGUGAAAAAUGAACAGUGCCGCACAGUUUUGAGAGAAUGUAAUAAAAAGCCCUUUGGAUUAGACUUUUAGAAACAAA